AUGAAGCGAUGGCUGCGUGACAUCGCGUUCACCUCUGUCUUUCUGUGCCGUGCUGAGCAUGUGGAGGAGUUGGAACUGGACCUGGAGCUUUUGCAGCAGAGGAUGGUAGUGCAGCCGUCGAAGAAGGCUUUGCCAAUGUACUGGGUCCACGUCCCCAAAACCGGGACCUCUUUCGCGAACGUUCUGAUCCACCAGCCCGGCUUCUGUCAGGUAGACAAGGACUUCUUGCUCGAUGAGGAACACAUGGGGGAAUGUAUUUUGGCAGACUUCAUUGAUAAGCUGUGCUGGGACGAUUGUGACCCUCAGCAUCUACAAUGCUCAGAGCAUGUACAUGAAUGCUUAGGCACCAAGUUCUUCGAGGUCGAGGGCCGCAUGGUGGGCAUGUUUCGCCAGCCCGAGCAGCGUCUCCUCUCCAUGUACUACGACGAGCAGCACAACUUCUUCAAUUACUCUUUUUGUGGAGAGAGGUCUCAACCAAAUCCACCACUGUCAGUCUAUAAAGAGAUGGCUGCAGGGAUGGCCACCCUCAUGCUGACGGUUGACUGUGAUUUGGUCGAGCACCAGUUUUACAAGUUUCCUCCGUGCACACGCAGUAUGGCGGAGGAGGCCGUCCGUCGGGUCUCCGGGUUUGCCUUUGUGGGCAUCACGGAGGAGUGGGACCUCUCGGUGUGUCUCUUCCACGCCAUGUUCGGCGGCAGUUGCCACGCCUCGGAGUUCGAAAAUGUGAGGCCGGGCUCCAAGGCGACGGAGAACGGUUACGACACCUCCGUGCUGGAAGGCUUUCGGGAUGAGUUUGACGGCAUGGUGUACCAGGAGGCCCUGAGAAUAUUCAGGCACCGGGCCUCGGGUGGGCCAGCAGACGCCGGGCACGCCGGGCACGCCGGGAACGCCGCGCACGCGGCGAACGGCACCUGGGGCUUUUGGCCCUUUGCGGCGGCUGGAGCUGGUGCUCUCUCCAGGACGGUCAUGCGGGGGCUGAAGGAUCGUGUGAAGAAGCCCGUGAGCGUCAAGAGCGCCAUGAUCCGGCGCUUGGGCAAGUGGCGGCUGAUGAAGGAGUUCGACAUGCGGAAGCAGAUCAACGACGAUCCCAUGAUGGCCACGCGCUGCGGCAAGAGCCAGGCAGAGCUCCUCGAGGACUUCAAUGUAGCAUCAAACUACCUGAAGACCAGACUGGGCCUGGACGACCAGAGCGCGGAGAUUUGCAUUUCCAAGGUGGCCACAGGGCUGAAUAUGCAGCACUUGGGGAAGCCCGACAUCCCCUCCAACGAGACCAUGGACACGGUCAUGGGUUGGCUCUCAGAGAACCUCGAGGUGAGUGAAGCGGAUGGAUCCCUGAAGCACAUCAUCGAGCAGUAUCCCUUCGUUCUGGGCCGCAGCAUCGACGAUCUCGACGAAUCUCAGAACUUCUGCCCUGAGGACAUCGAUUUCAAGGUGGCGGUUGCGGACGACCCCGCGCUCAUCGACAAGACCUACAACUGCCAAGGGAUUUGCGCGUCUCAGUGCGUCGCUUGCUGGUACAACGGCUAA